AUUUGUAAAAUAGCCUGUCAAAUAAAAUAAUUUGCAGGUUGCUUGUUGUUCGAUUUCUAAACAUAAGUUUGUUUUGUUGAAUAUUGUUUUGUAAUAAAAGUUUACUAUGAAAAUUGAUAGCAAACCAUUAAGAUAUGCCCAUGCUGAAGGUCAUACCGAUGUCUGUUAUACUGAAAAUGGACAGCACAUAGUAACAUGUGGAAACGACGGUGAUGUGAGAAUAUGGGUGGAUAUAGAAGACGACGAUCCAAAUUCACAUUGUGUUGGAGAAAGUGCGCUUGCUGUGUGUUACAAAGAUAAAAGACUGUAUGUGGCUACUGAUAAUCAUGUUGUUCAAGCCUAUACGUUCCCUGCAUUCGACAAAGAUGGUAUUGUUACCAGAUUUACAGCUCCAGUCACACAAAUCAAAUCAUCAAGUAAAAUUGAGGCUUUGGGCUGUUCAUCGGAGAAUAUGGAAGCUAAGUUGUGCAACCUGGAAGGAGGAGCACCAUUAUUUGUCAUGAAAGAGCACACCGGCCCAGUUUUGAGCAUAGCUAUAUGUCCACACAUGAAGUAUGCGAGCACAGCCUGCGGGGAUGGCAACCUGAGAAUAUGGGACAUAGACACACAAAAGAUUGUGAAACAAGUUUCUUGCGUGCCGAAGAUUAACACAUUUUAUGCUGCAAAAGUUUUAUGUCGAAUGGAUUUUGAGCCUACUGAAGGAAAGUAUUUGGCAUACCCCAACAACCGAGAAAUUAUUCUACUAGACUGUGAGAGUUGGGGGCAGAGGAUGACAUUUACACAUAAUUUGAUAAAAUGCCCGAUAUCUCAAUGUAUAUUUUCGCCGUGCGGUGAGUACUUAGCUGGGAAUACAGUUGCUGGACAGAUCGCAGUAUGGGAAAUUGGCAGCGGAGCAUGUAUUGGCAUUGUGGAGCACCCCACGUCUCACAAUGUUUCUGCCAUGGCUUGGAACCCAAAGGGUAAUGGAGUACUAGCCUACUGUGAUGUGGCUGGUCAGCUAGGCAUGUUGGUCAACUGUUACGGCAAAGAUAGUACGGCUGCUGAAAAUAAUGCCGAUGAUGUGGAAAUGGUAGAAAGGGCAGAUGACAAUGACGACAUAGUGGAUGACUUGAUAGAGAAUUACGAGAGUGACGAUGACAAUGCGAUAUCGCUUCAGAAGAUAAAGAAUGAAACAUUAGGAGUGGUUGAGGAUCACGGAGACUCGCGGCCGGCGUCCAGGCAUCACACUCCCGCGCCUUCCACUGUACCUGCGCAGGUUCCUUUCCAACCAUCUUCUACGCCCACUCAUUUGGAGCAUCGCUACAUGUGCUGGAACGACAUCGGUAUCGUCCGCUGCCACACGGCCGAGAACGGCGAGUCGACCAUAGACGUGGAGUUUCACGACACCAACUUACACCAUGGCAUUCAUCUGAACAACUAUCUGAACCAUACCAUGGCCAGCUUGUCUUCUACGGUGGUAGCUUUGGCGUGUGAAACACCUAGUAAGCUAGUGUGCAUAUCACUAGUAGGCAGCAGUAAGGAGUGGACGUCCAGCAUGCCGGACACUGAGGAGAUCCUGUGUGUGUCGGCGGGCGCUGGGGUGGUGGCCGUGGCUACCAACGCCAGGCUGCUCAGGAUGUUCACACCCAUGGGGACGCAGAGACAGGUGAUAUCUCUGGCUGGUCCAGUAGUAUCUCUAGGAGCGUUUAACACAGCAGUAUUAGCCGUCUACCACAGCACAGACCCAGGCUACACAGACCAACAUCUAGCCAUGGACAUUAUUGCUAUGAAUGGUCGUCAAGUUCGCAGUAAAACAGUCCCUCUACCCCUAACCCCAAGCUCUAAACUAGCUUGGAUCGGCACCACAGAUGUAGGCUCGCCCUGUGUAUACGAUAAUUCGGGCAUGUUGCGUCUAUAUGACGUGGCCAGCGGGGUGUGGAUGCCUGUCUGUGAUACUACUGCACAUUCUAAGGGUGCCUCCGAUUCCUGGUUUAUUGUUUCUGUAAGUGAAGCAACUCAAAAAGUCCGCGCAAUACUGUGCAGAGGCGCUUCAUUCCCGGCCACUGCACCUAAGCCCAUCGUAGCCGAACUUGCCAUACAGAUACCUCUUUGCGAUAUGGACACGGAAAAGAGUCAGUACGAAGAGCAGUUAGUGCGGUGGGCUCACACUACUGCAGAUGUCGACGUCAAAACUGCGCGGGAAACUGCUCUCAAACUAUUCGCGCUCGCAUGCCGCAGCGAAAUCGAGCAAAGAGCGUUAGAACUAAUGGAACUACUGAAAGACGAGCGCUUACUCCCUCUAGCGGCUAAAUACGCGUCAAGGCUUGGCCGAGUCCACUUGGCUGAUAAACUGACUAACUUGGCCGAAACCUGGGACAAGGAAGCCGAUAAACUAAACGUAGCCCAAAACUCGCAUUUCCAAGAAUUGGAUACGCAAGAAACUUAUGACGUCACGAAUACGGAGCAAGAUUUGAACGCCAGUCUUAUAAUACCUCAGAAAGUUAAGGAGAAGAAAGUUGAGAGUGAGACCGCGCUUAGACCUGUUCCUAUAAUAUCUUCGCCCGGCAGAGCUCGAAAUAUUUUCAAAAAGAAAGCAACUAGUUCUAAGGACGCUCAAAGUCCUCUCAGUCUGACUGAUAGAACUCUAGUGGAAGUACACAGACCCGCCGAUACCUCUGAAAAUGAUGACCCUUUAACACCUCUGGACGGUGAAACAUUCGUAGACUGGUUUACAAGAAAGAAAAGUGUUCUAGAAAAACAAAACCCGGAACUUGGUCCUUCAGAAUUAACGCGACACGGUAUUAAACUUUUCAAGACUGUUCAAGGCAAGGCCGCUACCAAUGAAAAUGGCCCUAAAAGGAAAUUAGAUGAAGAAACCAACGGAACAGAUAUCCAAGUUACUAACGCCCCGAAACAAUCCAAACUUAGUGCCUUUGCCUUCCAAAAGAAAACAUAAUCAUAGUUUAUAAGCGGUUUUAAUCAUGUUUUACAUUUAACUUAAUUUUAAGAAAUAAAACGAUUUUAUCUCAAUAAAUGCAUUUGAAUGAGU